UGGAAAUAGUGUUUCCUGACAAAAAUAAGAACGGCCAUGUUUACGGUGUGAUUUGUGUAGAUUAUGGAGACGAGAAAUAUUAAUCUCUUUUGACAUAUGAAGGUCUCUAUCGCUCUAUUGCAAUUAACUGGUGUGUUAGGAAAAUAAUAAAAAAAUCCGUAUCUCAAAGUGAUAUCAAGAGAAGACAUUCACCGCCAGCAACGUAUUGUAAAAUUUACUCUAUGUCCCUGAAUUCACAAUAAAUUCCGACUCACUUAUCUUCAAAAUCCUUAAAAUAUGGAAAAACAUGGACAACUGAUGCAGUCGAAACCAUUUCCUAAUUUGACCGGGCUGGUGUGCGUCUCCUUGGCACUUAUCCUGUUCUUCCACUAUAGUGCCCACACUCUGCCUGAUCUUCUGCCGUGGUUGUCACCUUCCUGUGAACAAGAGUGCUUGGAAACAUACUUUUCGUACCGGAGUCUCUCCCAGAAGGACCCAGACUUCGUGGCGGCUGUGAGGGGCGCUUACAUCCUCCCUCCUCCCUCCCGCCCCGACACGUCCCCCUUCGAUGUUCGCCGGCCUGUGUGGAGGGAGCUGCUCGAGUGGGAUAAAGUACAAGAAAUGUUGAUGGCGUUGUGGAAGAGUGAGCCUCCCGGAACCUUCGUGGAAAUCGGUGCCGUCGACGGAGAGUUUAUGAGCCAGACGCUGAUGCUGGAGAAGGCCCUCGGCUGGUCGGGACUCCUCGUGGAACCGGAUCCUCGCUCGUUCGCCAUUCUGCAAGAUCGGCGUCGCAAUGCUUCUCUCGCUUCGUUAUGUGUCGACGAAAAGCAUUCUGAUCUGCACCUGUUCUGGGCGAUGGAUUUGAUAAAAGGUUUGCCUCAAGAAUAUCAAGCGCUCACGAUGGCCAGGAGCAAAUUGUCAUCAGAAACCAUCGUCGGGGAUGAACGUCAGGGAAGGUCGACGCUGGUGCGCUGCGUGCCCCUGUCGACCCUCCUCCUCGCUGCUCGCAUCCAGACGGCAGACUUCUUGAGCGUGGCGACGGGGCUGCCCGAAGAUCAUAAGCUCCUUCGUGGCGUGCUGAGGGAGCCGGCGGUCUUCGAUAUUAAGACCAUCCUGGUGCAGUACACGCGGGCCGUCCUGAAGGAGACGCCGUACCCAAGUCUUCAUGGGUACAUGUAUGACAUGGAGCGGUCUUUCCUCAUGACGCGGCUCUACUGGAGGAGGAGCCACUGCCGGCUGCUCGAGAAGGUGACAGCCUGCAGGAGGUUCAAGCACUACGACCUGGCGGAGGCUUGCUUCAAGUACCGCUGCCUGGGUUUCGCUACCGUGUGGUCGUACAGCUGAGCGUCGGAGCGAAAGGGCGCUGGCUUUUUAUUCUUCUCCUUCUAUUUAUUACCAGUUUCUGUCCUUUCUUUUCUUUUUUGGUUAUGCACCGUUUAUUUUAUUAUGAUUUAUUCAUUCGUACGCCAGGUUACAGUGACAACGAUUCAAUCACACGUCACGUUGCAGUGGCAUUGGUGAGCCUAAAACAUUUUGCCCCGUCAUGU